AGCAAGAUGAAGCAAGUACCAGAGUUUCACGAAGACUUCUACAUCCCCAUCGCUUUAGAUAUUAACAACCUCUCAGCUUACAGCCCUUUUUUGGUCCCCCAGGACCACUUGGGAAACCCAGGCGUAUUCAUGGCCAUGUCUGUUUUUAUGUUCUUUAUUUUCGUCGGAGGGGCUUCGAUCAACAUCCUUACCAUUUUGUGCACAAUUCAAUUCAAGAAACUCAGAUCUCACCUUAACUAUAUUCUUGUGAACCUUGCCGUUGCCAACCUGUUCGUGGCCCUCUUUGGUUCCCCGUUAUCGUUCUACUCCUUCUUUAAUAGGUACUUUAUCUGGGGAGCGACGGCAUGUAAAAUCGAGGGCUUCCUUGCAACUCUUGGAGGAAUGGUGAGUUUGUGGUCUCUUGCUGUAGUGGCAUUUGAGAGGUGGCUGGUCAUUUGCAAACCCCUUGGGAACUUUACCUUCAAAACCCCUCAUGCCAUAGCUGGCUGCAUACUUCCUUGGGUUAGUGCAAUGGCAGCUUCAGUCCCUCCACUGUUUGGCUGGAGUCGGUACAUACCUGAAGGUUUGCAGUGCUCCUGUGGACCUGACUGGUAUACCACUAACAACAAAUACAACAAUGAAUCCUACGUCAUGUUCUUGUUCUGUUUCUGCUUUGCCGUUCCUUUCGGCACCAUCGUGUUCUGUUAUGGUCAGCUACUCAUCACGCUCAAAUUAGCAGCCAAAGCUCAAGCAGAUUCAGCUUCGACCCAGAAGGCUGAGAGGGAGGUAACAAAGAUGGUGGUGGUGAUGGUGUUUGGCUUUUUGGUAUGCUGGGCGCCAUAUGCUACCUUUUCUCUCUGGAUAGUUUUCCACCGUGGAGAAGCAUUUGAUCUGAGAAUGGCAACCAUACCAUCCUGCCUUUCCAAAUCUUCUACAGUGUACAAUCCUGUCAUCUACGUCUUAAUGAACAAACAGUUCCGUUCCUGUAUGAUGAAGAUGGUCUGUGGCAAAAAUAUUGAGGAAGAUGAGGCCUCUUCUUCAUCUCAGGUCACCCAGGUCUCCUCUGUCGCACCGGAGAAAUAA